UCGUAAUUGAUCUAUCGAUAGCAGUGUGUGUGUAUCGAAAAAAAAGUGGGAGUGCAAGAGCAAUUGAUUUUUUUGUGUGGAAAAUUGAUAGUGGACCCCCCAAAAUUUGUGUGUGAAAAAUAUUUUGUGGUUUGCUGCAGAGUACGAAUUUUCAUCAGGCCCACUUGCGAAAAUGAUUGGUGGCUUGUUCGUUUACAAUCACAAGGGAGAAGUGCUAAUCUCGCGUGUUUAUCGCGACGAUAUCGGACGGAAUGCGGUGGACGCCUUUCGGGUCAACGUCAUCCAUGCCCGGCAGCAAGUGCGCUCCCCGGUGACAAACAUAGCGCGAACGAGCUUCUUUCACAUCAAGCGUGCCAACAUUUGGCUGGCUGCAGUCACCAAGCAGAAUGUUAAUGCCGCCAUGGUCUUUGAGUUCCUGCUAAAGAUCAUCGAGGUGAUGCAGUCGUAUUUUGGCAAGAUAUCCGAGGAGAACAUCAAGAAUAACUUUGUGCUCAUCUAUGAGCUGUUGGACGAGAUUUUGGACUUUGGCUAUCCACAGAAUACGGAUUCGGGCACGCUGAAAACGUUCAUCACACAGCAGGGCAUCAAGUCGGCUACGAAGGAGGAGCAAAUGCAGAUAACGUCACAAGUCACUGGACAAAUUGGCUGGCGACGCGAGGGUAUUAAAUAUCGACGCAACGAACUGUUCCUCGAUGUGCUGGAGUAUGUGAAUUUGCUGAUGAGUCCACAGGGUCAGGUGCUGUCGGCUCACGUUGCCGGCAAGGUGGUCAUGAAGUCCUAUUUGUCGGGCAUGCCCGAGUGCAAGUUUGGCAUCAACGACAAAAUCGUUAUGGAGUCCAAGGGCCGUGGUCUAUCCGGCAAUUCCGAGGCGGAAACCUCACGUUCCGGCAAACCGGUGGUUGUCAUUGACGAUUGUCAGUUCCAUCAGUGCGUCAAGCUUAGCAAAUUCGAGACGGAGCAUUCGAUUAGCUUUAUACCGCCGGACGGUGAAUUUGAGCUGAUGCGCUAUCGCACAACCAAAGACAUUUCGUUGCCAUUCCGUGUUAUACCCCUUGUGCGUGAAGUGGGACGCACCAAGAUGGAGGUCAAAGUGGUGCUCAAGUCGAACUUUAAGCCAUCACUGCUCGGCCAAAAGAUUGAGGUGAAGAUACCUACACCACUCAACACGUCGGGUGUGCAGCUGAUUUGCCUGAAGGGCAAGGCCAAGUACAAGGCAUCGGAGAAUGCGAUCGUCUGGAAGAUUAAACGCAUGGCGGGCAUGAAGGAAACACAGUUGUCAGCGGAAAUCGAAUUGCUCGAAACGGAUACCAAAAAGAAAUGGACACGUCCACCCAUCUCCAUGAAUUUUGAGGUGCCAUUCGCACCGUCUGGCUUCAAAGUGCGCUAUCUGAAAGUGUUCGAGCCCAAAUUGAACUACUCCGAUCACGAUGUGGUCAAAUGGGUGCGAUAUAUUGGACGCAGCGGCCUCUAUGAGACCCGUUGUUAAAUGUGGAUGUGGAGCAGAAGCAAUCGAGCAAGUGUAUCACAUACACGACAUUGAAUUUGUUGUCUUGAAUUUAAAAGAGAAACAGAAACAGAAAGACAAAAAAUAAUUGAAAUUGUUUCCAAUAGUUGAUGUUAUUGGAAUUUUCCUCAAUCAAAUUGAACAAAUGUUGUCGCGUAUUCCAAAAUUUAGUUCUUCAGCAAUCGGGCAUUAUACGUAAUUAGCCUCAAUCCAAUUGCAUAUAUAUUUAUAUAUAUAUAUGUGUCUACGUACCAUUAAAUACAUAUAUAUAUUAUUAUUAUUUACACUACCACAUAAUGUAAUCUUAUUGUUUAUAUAUAUAUAUUCAACGCCUUGGCGCGCGUCUCAAAUCUCAAAUCGCUCAUGUUUUCUACUCUGUACUCUAUAUAUUCCCCCAAAUAGUUAUGAUUUGUAUUAUUAUAUUAUUAGAUUUCUAUUCAACCUGAUCACAGCAUGUACUCUCUAUUUGUUUUUAGUAGACCAAACCUGUAAAUCAGCGCUAAAUAAUAUCGAUAUUCAAAGUGUUAAUAAUAAUCGAAUUGUUUAAUAAAUAAAAAGCAUGAUAUAUACACAUA